AUGCCCGUCAGUUCGGCUGGUGCAUGCCAUGAAUGUGUCGCGCGUUCCACGGAGUCUGCUUGCGUACCUCAAGGUCUGGUUGCCGGAAGCGAUGCCACGGACAGCAAGUAUCUCAGGAAGCGCAUCACUUUCCUCGAGACGCAGCUCGCACGUCUUGUGCAGAGCACAGAGAACAUUGGCGGCGCCAGCGAAGCAAGCACUGCUCAGGCUUGGACGAGCUCGCACGCUGCUAUCGAAAGUCCUACUCAAACGCAAGGAAACGGCGAUUCCGGCUCCGAGGAUGAAGAUCAGGAGGAACAAGCUGUCGAAACAGGCCAUGCUCCAUUGAUACGUCUUCUAGGCAACCCGAUCAUGGGCGAGACACCGAGCACAACACAAACGCCCGGGAGCAGUGAUGGCACAUCUGGCUCGUGCACAACAGCAAAGAUUGGGCUGCGAAAGACGAAGAAGCACCAGGGAGCAGUUGCAGCCUUGCGGGCCUGCAUUCCCUCCGAAAAGGAAAUGGAGACCAUCUUCAACCAAUACAGCUCCUGGUGGCCGCUAUAUCGGGACACUUUGGGUCUGCUUUGGGGCAAGGCUUACGACUCGUUGCGGUCUUUCGCAGGGGAGAUAUUGCGAGCUCCUAGUCCAUCGGCACUUGCUUUACUGCUUGUAAGUUUUGCAAUAGGCACUGGUGAUCGUCAAAGAUUUCUCCCGGUCGUGGAAAAGACUGUAGUGAAUGAUGAUGAGUAUGCGAGCACUGAAGCAGGCUUGAACUGUCUGAUGGCUGUGCGAUGCCCGCCCUCUGUUGUGAUCGUCUUCAUUGAAAAAAAAAUUGUACUACAUACCAUCGACCAUCAGGCAUCCGCGCUCCAACCAAGGCGAGCCUUUCUGGUCUAUCGCCGUGCUACAUCUUUAUUACAACUCAGCAAUAUGCACUCCCGCCGUACUUCAGACAGGCAUGAUGCAAUAUUUUGGCCUCUCUUCCAUGCAGAUCGUUGGGCGUCACUCAUGAUUGGGCUUCCUUAUUCCUUACCCGACCACAUUUAUGAUCCGGGCGACUAUCUCUACAAACGCCUCGGCAUAAUUACGGGAAAGGUCAUCGACUGCCUGCAAAGCAUCAAAGGCGCCCAUCUGUCCGCGACGAUCAAGGUAGAAGAAGAGAUGGAGGCUGUCAAAUCACAGUUGCCAUCUGGCUACCUAGAUUUGAACGACAUACGCAUGUGCACCAACCUGCCGGAGAAGUAUACGCGGCUCUAUCGCGUAGUCCACUUUCAUCAGUUGAGGGCUUACGUUCAUCUUCCUUUCUUCUUUCGGUCUGAAGAAGAGCCGCGGUACGACUUCAGCAGGCGCACUGUUGUAGAAGAUUCAACAAGAUUACUCGAAGCCCCUCUUGUCUCACUCUGGCUGCGAAUCGCUUUUCCUCGCUUAGGAUUUAUGCUAACGCUUCUGCCCUUCACUUUUAGAUACCUAGAGGUCUUUGAGACAGAUCCUGUCAUGGCGAGCAAUGGCACAGUGAUGAACUUCACAGCUUUCACCGCAGCUGUCGUACUACUUCUUGAUCUGGUCGGAUACGGUGCGCGUGAAGAGCCUGGCUCCCGACCUCAUUCCGCUGCCCGCGAUCACAAACUUCAUCUCGUCUAUCGUACUCUCGAUGCCAUCAAAGCUGGAUCUGAAACCAAGAUAUCGGGUUUGCUCUGCCGGAAGUGUUACGAGUCUUUACAACACCUGCUCCGAUCCGCAUACGAUGUAGAAGGCUCUGAAGACCGCUUUGUACUUCCUUAUUUUGGUGUAAUCACUAUGAUCAAGAAAGGACAAUGCGAAAGCCUAGAAGCAGAUAUGGUCAAGAAACAAUUGGAACAACAGCAGCAAUCAACCCCUAGUGCGCCGCCUACGUUCGAUCAUACACUAGCUCAGCAUCUCAGUACCUCUGAACUUGCUCCAGCCGGUCAAGCAAACAAUCUUGAUAUGCAUGACCCCAAUUUUGGACUAGGCAUGUCUUUCGCAUAUCAAGGUCCGUUCCUCGCCGGAAGCGCUGCCGAUUAUUGGGGCUUUGAAGAUUCAGAUAUGAUGAACUUUGCUACUCAUACAUCAAUGGGUUGGAAUGGCGAUGCGAGUACUGGCGCAGAUUGGAAUUGGCUGAAUUCUGAUCUACCUCCCAAUCUUGGACUAUGA